CCACAAAACAACGCUUUCAAAGAACCAUGAGCAGAAAAUACAGGAAAAAACUCUCUAGAGAUGAUAUUCGCGCCGUUGGCUUUGACUUUAUAGAAUUUCUGGAUGACAGAGAGACGAGAUCCACUACAGAUAGAAACACUCUCAAGGAGAUCUACAAUGAGCAAUUCCGAGACAGGGAUGGAGUCAGAGAUCCAAACUUCUCUUCAGUUCUCUUUGCUUUGACACGUUCCAGCAGAACUCGAGUCACCAGAUCAGAAGUUUUCUUUGACAAAAAAAUUCGAGUGAGGCAAAAUGAUCAAUGGUCCAGACCCUAUCGCAGCCAACAAAACCAUGCUACACCCCAUCUUAAUGAUGCUAUUUCACGACCAUCCACUACCCGUGUUUCAGACCCAUCAUCAGUUCCAGAGCCAGAAAAUAGAGUCAUAGCAAGAAGAAGGCUGGCAAAAACCAUCAUGCGCCAAGGAAACAGCGAAGACAUGUCUGUGUUUUUUGCUGAUAAAUAUGGUGUAAGGGUGUCCUCAGAGCUGCAAAUAGAGGAUGGCAAGAUUCAUUGGUGUGUGGAAGGGGCAGAGGUUCAUGAGCUAAAGCUGUUUGUGGAGAACACGGGUCAGGAGGCCAUACUUUUCACAUGUUUCUCUGCUCUUCACUACCUACAGUAUUUCACUCUCGACGACAGCCAGAGAGUCAGAAAGGAUAAUCCACACCGUCUGGAGCCAAAUGAGACAUAUGAAGUGAUCUUGAGAUUCAAAUCAGAUCAGAUAGGAGUUUAUCCAGCCACUCUGGCGUUUGAGUUCAAGGAAAACCAAGACACCCGUCCUUUCCACAUUGUGCGCUUUAUUGAGGCACAGCACAGGUCCGAGCUCACGGCACAGCUGGGUCCUACAGAACCAUUCAGACCUAAGAGGCUUGACACCAAUCAACCAAUGAAGUGGAGCAUAGAUGAGGGCUUUAAACCUGAAAGCUCUUCUCAAAACUUCCUGAAAUUUGUGGUGCCACUGGACAACUACAAUUGUCCUUCUUACACCUCUGCCUUAAUUGAAGUCCUGAAAGGCAACCGUUCUUCUGGAAAACAGCUUCAGGAACAUCAGUUAACUCUGGAGAGUGAUUUGAGUUUUAAUAACUAUAUGGACCGCUUUGAUUUGCUUCUGUACCUGGAGGAGGAUCAGAUGCGUAUGGACAUCAAGAGAUAUAACAAAAAGGAUGUGUCUAUGGUGAGGGAUCGAGAUAAAAAACUGCUGGUCUUAGAGCUCCCUGGUGUCUCAGAGAACAGGCCUUCAGUCCUGAGAGGAGAUCACCUACUUCUUACAAAGAGCGAGGAGCUUCAGAACUCAAAUGUGACCAAAUACAAGGGCUAUGUCCACAGAGUAGAACUGGAUCAGGUCAAACUGGGCUUCUCCAAAAGGCUGCUUGAACGAUUCAUAGACAAUAUGAAAUUCAGUGUGGAGUUUACAAUCAACCGUCUUCCAUUGAGACUGCAACACAGAGCAGUUCAUAUGGUGGUCCAGCACCACCUCAAAGAUGUGCUGUUCCCUGUGGCCUCAAGACGCCUGAACCCUGUGUCUCCAUCGGCUCUGAGACUCUUUGAUCAAAAGCUUGAAAAGAACCCUGAACAGAAGACUGCAGUGUGCAACAUUGUGGCCGGUACAUCCAAACCAGCACCAUAUUUGGUUUUUGGACCUCCUGGCACUGGUAAAACAGUCACGAUAGUGGAGGCCAUCAAACAGGUGGAGAAGAAUACAGGUGGUGCCCGUAUUCUUGCUUGUGCUCCAUCUAACAGUGCUGCUGAUCAACUGGGUGAAAAGUUGAUUACUAGUCAACAUGUUGAUGCACGGAACAUAUACAGAAUCUACGCUAGCUCACGCAAUCCAAAAGAGAUCCCUAAAGUACUAGAGAACAACAGUAAUGUGGAAGGAGAAAAUAUUAUUUUUCCAUGUAAAGAGGAUCUAAUGCCCUACAAGAUCGUGGUCUGCACUCUGGUCACUGCCGGCAGGCUGGUUAGUGGAGGCUUUCCUGUAGGCCAUUUUUCUCACAUCUUUGUGGAUGAAGCUGGUCAUGCUGUGGAGCCAGAGAUCGUCAUCAGUGUGGCAGGACUGCUCAAUGCUGAGACUGGACAGCUUGUUCUGGCUGGAGACCCCAAACAACUGGGGCCAAUCCUGAGAUCUCCCUUUGCCAUUAAAUAUGGACUAGGUCUUUCAUUGCUGGAGAGGCUGAUGACACAAAAUGAACUUUAUCAGAAGGGUGAUACAGGGUUCGACAACCGUUACGUCACUAAACUGCUGCAGAACUACAGAUCUCAUCCAUCCAUUCUGAAGGUUCCUAACGAGUUGUUCUAUGAUAAUGAACUGAAGGCAUGUGCAGAUGAGAUCAGCUCCCGUCAGUACUGCACGUGGGAACACCUGCCUAAAAGAGGCUUUCCUGUGAUUUUCCAUGGAGUGGUUGGAAAGGAUGAGAGAGAGUCAACCAGCCCAUCCUUUUUUAACACGUCUGAAAUCGACAAAAUCAUGGACUACCUGAAAAAGCUGCUCCUGACACAGGCCAAGAAGGGGAUUGCAAAAAUCUCCCCCAAAGAUAUUGGCAUCAUCGCCCCCUACAGGAAACAGGUGGAGAAAAUCCGGCAGGCCAUCAAGAUUCACAGGGAACUUAAAUCUCUCUCAGGCAUUGAAGAGCUGAAGGUUGGCUCUGUGGAGGAGUUUCAAGGCCAGGAGAGAAAAGUGAUCAUUGUGUCAACCGUUCGCAGCAGCAAGGAGCACAUCAUUUUGGAUGACAAAUUCAACAUCGGGUUUCUGAAGAAUGAGAAGAGAUUCAAUGUGGCGGUGACAAGAGCAAAAGCCCUGCUGAUCAUGGUGGGAAACCCUAUUAUUCUGCGGACAGACGAAAUCUGGGGCAGGUUUAUGAACUACUGCAUUCAGGAAAGAGGCUACACUGGAUAUGAUAUUACCCAUUUGGAAGAAACAGAUGUGAUUGCUGAGCGUUUGCUCAGUCUUAACAUCAGACAGGAGAUCACUGUGGAAACCGAGGAGAGUGUGGUCCAGCAAUUUCUGAGUCCUCCAUGGAGACAUGAACAUUAAAAUAAAAUGUCAUUAAGGCCCAUCCCGAUAAGUCUUGCAUUAUUAUAGCCAUGUUAUUUUAGAGUGUUUAUUGAGAAUUAUAAUUUAAACAUGAAACUGCACAUGGUAUUUAAACAUUGCAUUAAAUUUGCAAUUAAACAGCCUUAAAAAUAAAAUUCAAAUUUCC